AUGGCUGUUUCUACCAAGGAUACCCUCGAAUUGAUAAAUUCAAUUAAGAACAUCAAAAUUUCAGCUUUCUACGAUUACUUGCUCACACUGGAGGAUGAACUCAGGCUGAUAUGGCGGUCAGAGUGGUCUGUACCUAAAGCAGUGUUCCUCAUCACUCUUUAUCUUCCUGUCAUAGAUCUGUCGAUAACUACUGCGUUCCACUUCAGAAGUGCGACUCCCGGUGAAUGUUUACGGACUCCGGUACUCAUUGACUUUGGUCAUCCCAAUCCUCCGAACAUGGGCAAUAUGGGAGAAGAGCCGAACGGUAACUAUCGUACUCUUCAUAUGGACUGCUAUCAACUUUGGUAUCAACUUUGUGCUCUUUACCCUCCAUCUCAAUUCUGCUCACUUUAUACCACUACCGGUUGGGGUAUCCUGGCUGACUCUCGAUUCUUAACUAAAGAACACGAAGGCAAGCAACUCCGAAAUUCGUCACUUUUCAAGGCAGUCUUCACGAAUGGUGCGAUCUUUUACGUUUACAUAUUUGCAUUUUCCUUCGCUUUCAAUGCUGAACGCGUUACACAUGCAUUCCUGACGGAGCGACUAUUUAUCGCUCUCCGCAGAGCAGCGGUGCACGGGACAGAUAAAGAAGACUUGAUGGAACUUGAGACAUUGCGGUUUCAACGAAAUCAUAAAUGUAGUGUGUUUAUCGACCUCACUGCAUUCAAACGACCACCAGUUGACCCCAUUCAAAGCUUUCACACCAAAAAUUUGUCUCAAUCCAAUAACUACUUGACUAAGUUACUUAUUAUUUACUAG